GCGGCCUCUCCUCCCUCCCGCCCCGGCCCUCCCCUCCCCGCCCCACCCCGCCCGGCCCGGCUCGGCCCGCCGCCCGCCAUGCCGCACGCCUUCAAGCCCGGGGACCUGGUGUUCGCCAAGAUGAAGGGCUACCCGCACUGGCCGGCCCGGAUUGACGACAUUGCAGAUGGGGCAGUAAAACCACCCCCCAACAAGUACCCCAUCUUCUUCUUUGGCACUCAUGAAACAGCCUUCCUGGGACCCAAGGACUUGUUCCCCUAUGAAAAAUACAAGGACAAGUAUGGGAAACCCAACAAGAGAAAAGGUUUCAAUGAAGGCCUGUGGGAGAUCCAGAAUAACCCCCAUGCCAGUUACAGUGCUCCACCGCCCGUGAGUUCUUCUGACAGUGAAGUCCCUGAGAAUGAUCCUAUGGCAGGAAGUGACAUGGAAGAUGAGGCAGGGCUCAUGGCUGUUGCAUCAGUGACAGCAGCGAGUGCCAGCGAGAAGAUGGAAAGUGAUGAAGAGUCUGACAAGGGCAGUGAACACAGUGGGAUAAAGCGGAAAGCACCACCAUUGAAAAUGCCAGUGUCUAAACGGGCACGACAAGCUUCCAGUGACCUAGACCUGGCCAGUGCAUCUCCUUCAGAAGAUGAAAACUCAGAAAGCUCAUCAGAAUCAGAAAAGAACAGUGAUCAGGAUUUCACUCCAGAGAAGAAAACCGUGGCCCGGGCCCCACGGAGGGGCCCAGUGGGAGGAAGGAAAAAAAAGGUGAAGGUAGACUCUGCUUCUGACUCUGACUCCAAGGCCGAUUCAGAAGAAGCUCAUAACAAAUCGAUGGGUGCGACAAAAUCAGACUCCGACUCGGACUCGGACUCGGACUCUGACGUCUCUGUCAAGAAGCCUCUCCGUGGCAGAAAACCAGCUGAGAAGCCCCCUCCAAAACCUCGUGGAAGAAAACCAAAGGUGGAACGUGUUCCCAGCAGCUCCAGCAGUGACAGUGACAGUGAUAGCGAAGUGGACCGCAUCAGUGAAUGGAAGCGAAGAGAUGAGGAGCGGCGUCGGGAGCUGGAAGAGAAACGGAAGCGGGAGCAGGAAGAGGAGCUGCGCCGACUGCGGGAACAAGAGAAGGAGGAAAAAGAGCGGAAGAAAGAAAAGGUCGAGAGGGAUGAGACGCACCCCAACAGCGACAGCAGUGAGCCUGAGCUCAAAGAUGAGGAACCCAUCAAGAAGAGGGGCAAGAAAGGUCGUGGCCGAGCCCCUUCAUCUUCUGACUCAGAGCCAGAGCCGGAGAAGGAGGUGAAGAAGCCGGCGAAGAAGCCACAGUCUCAGUCCUUAGAGCCAUCGAAGAAACCGAACCAGAAGGAGAAAAGAAGCCGCCCUGAGGAGAAGUCCCGAGCCAAGCCUGUGAAAGUGGAGCGAGCCAGGAAGAAGUCGGAGGUGCUUCCAGAGAGGAGGGUUGAGAAGAAGAAAGAGCCGUCUGUGGAAGAGAGGCUGCAGAAGUUGCACAGUGAGAUCAAGUUUGCACUGAAGGUUGACAAUCCGGAUAUAAAAAGAUGCCUCAGUGCUCUGGAGGAGCUGGGGACCCUGCAGGUGACCUCCCAGAUCCUCCAGAAGAACACAGAUGUGGUAGCCACAUUAAAAAAGAUUCGCCGUUAUAAAGCCAACCAGGAAGUGAUGGAGAAAGCAGCAGAAGUUUACACUAGGCUCAAAUCAAGGGUCCUGGGACCAAAGGUUGAAGCAAACCAGAAAGCUAAUAAACCUGCCUUGGAGAAGGUCAAAGCAGAGGUGGAGAAGAGUGAAGAUCAGUUGGCAGGAGGGGAGGCCCCCAAGGAGAAGACAGAGGAGGAGCCCAGUGCUGAUCUCUCAGCUCCGGUAAAUGGUGAGUCCACAACCCAGAAGGGGGAGAGUGGUGAAGACAAAGAACAAGAGGAGGGACAGAAUAUGGAAGAGGGGCAAAGAUGUGGCUCAUCUGAAGAUCUGCACAACGACAACAUUCAAGAGGAUCCACAACUGGACAGGCCAGGGAACGACCGACAGGAAAGAGAGAGGGUUCGGAUGGACUCGGAGUCCCUUGAUGAGGAGAGCUGAGGUCCUGGGGCGUGCUGCUCCUGGCCUCUGCCUGGCCCUGGGUUUGAACCCCUUCACUAAGUUACACAGUAGAUGAUGUAUAGGUCUUGUUCCCCUCCUGUCCCCAGCCUCCUGGGAAAGCUGAGAACUUUGGGGAGACGCUGUGCUCUUCAGUUGUAUUUGUCCCCUGGGUUUUUUCCCUCACCUAAUUUCUGUGAUUUCAAAACAACAUGAAAUGAAUAUAAAGGGUUUUUUUUUAAUGAAAAAAAAUUCAUUUUUAUUGGCUUGGUUUUCUAAUGUUGUUGGCUGCAGUGGAGACUGAAGCUGAGAGCUUGGCCAGUUUGGUGCGGGACAGGAGAAGCAGCACUGCCCCCAUUAGCAGUGGACGGCAGCUUUGAACCGGCAGUGUUUCCAGCCUAGAGCCUGGCAGAGGUGACUGAAACAGGACUGGGGACAGGAGCCUGUGAUCUAGGGGCCUGAGACUGCGGGGCUUGGAUUCCCUGGCUCUGCUCACAGUUGGAAAAGUUCAUCUUCACAAAAAAAGAAGAAAGAAAAUAAAAAUCUAAACUUGAUGGCUCAAAUGAGGCUGUGGUUUGAAUCUUCUCCCACUGAACGGCCCAGUGGCCAGGCCAGCCAAUGUCAGCCUUUGGGCAGAUCUCGGGGACCGAGCUGCAUAGGACAUGCAGAGCACGAACCACUGCUCUUGGACUCAGCCUUACUUUUCAGGUGGAGCCCCAGGCCACUAUGUUGUAGUAUUAAAGGGGGAGAUUAGGCCUGGGGGGAAUGCCGUUGUGAGCCUCUGAGGCUCUUGGAGCCAAAUGCUGAGUGAGGGGACAUUGGGCCCCUCGAUGUAAAGACUGGAGCUGUUUCCUGUCCGCCAGGAUGGAGGCGGGGGUGCCUCUACCUGCAGAGAUCUGGGUCACGACACUUGGCAGGACGCGCGACCCGAGCCAGGGGCUCCUCUUCACAGCCCCGGACGCCAGCUUGGGUUUGUAACCUAGGCCCAGAAGGCUUGUGGCAGGUAGUUCCUUUCAGCUGUUCUUCCUCCUGCCUGUGGUAGGUGAGGGGGCCUGGGGCUUAGUGAAUGAAUUCCAUGCUGCUGGGGGAAGGUAUUUUCUGGAAGCCAGCUCCAUAAUGAGGAAGGAUUUAGCUGGAAUGGAGGUCUGAUUGCCGGGUGGAUCUAUGGGGACAGUGGGGUGUGCCAGUGACAGGCUUGAACUUAGGGCCGUUUUGCCCUACUUGAAGUUGGGAGUGUGUAUGUUGGGGCAGAAAAGGGGAAAUAGUAAGGCCUGCCACUGAGAAGGUGUGUGAGAGGUUAUUUGCAGGGCACAGAUGAAACAUCCCAAGCAGUACCACCUGCUUGUUCAUCUAACUCCUUUCAUGCUGGGUGCCAGCUUCCCCAGCUUUGCUGUGCCAGUUUUCUCCUAGGUCCCAUCCAGCUCCAGGUAACUCGAGCAGGUAAACGUGGCUUUAGGUGGCAGAUUCUCCUGUUCAUCUCUCAGGAGCUCAGAGGAUUUAACCAGAUCCCUUUUAAUCUCCUCAGUAGCCCUAGAAGCAGGAAGACUGGAAUGGACUAAAAUCCAUCUCCCUGCAGGGGACACUGAGGUUAGGGGCACCAGAUUUGUUAAAAGGUGCUUCUGUACCUGUUAAUGGGGCAACUUAACAGGGCCCAGGACAGUACAUUCUGCACUAGUUAGCUGCCUCUGGCCUGAGCAGUGUUUGAAGAUUUAGCAGAGAAAUUAAUGAAGCUUCUCUGCCUAUUAACAUUGCAGCUCAUCCAGGAGGGUCACACUGAGGUUGAAUUGGAGGUGGGAAGCGCAAGUUAUUAGCACAAAGCUUUCUCCAGGAGGAUCCUUCCCCAAGGGAAGAUUAAGCAUACCUGUCUCUUGUUGGUUCUGGAUCCCCUUCUGGGAAUCAGUUGACUCAGCUCUUGCAGCCCCUGUUGGCAGAGGUGUGUAACCUGUGUCAUUGAUAUUUAGGAAGAUGGGGCCAGUCAGAAGAGGGAGCUUCACCUCCAGGGGGGUUGGGGAGGGGGCAUGAGCUUGAGCUGCUAAGCAAUGAGCAGAAUAAGCGUGAAGUUCCUUACCUGGUAAACAAAACCUGUUUAAAUGAUGGCACCUGUGGAGAUUUGGGUAGCCUCAGCACUCAUUUUGUAGCCCUAUGGCACAAGUCCACAGGACAGACUGAGAAAUCUGACUAGACAGCCUGGAGGAGACAGGAUGAGUGGAAUCCAUGUACUAGGCAGGACCAGAGAGGUUAGGGGGACCCUCUGUGAUGACCCUCUAGCCCCUCAGGAAGGGCAACAUCAAAUCCAUGCUCUUGUGGUCAACACUCAGGGAUUAUUUUGAAUGUUUUGAAGGAGACCCACCCUGAAGGUCACUA